AUGGAACUCCAAAUAAAUACUUACUCGAAUGAUCUUAUGAUCUCGCAAGAUUUUUCUCAUGCAGCUUAUGAUAAAUGCUAUCAACAUGACUGCCAACAUGACACAGAACACUACAACAAUAAUGAAAACAUGCUCGGAUUCUUCAUUACUUUUCUGUUUGUAUUAAAAUUUGUAGAGAAAGAGAAAAAAAAAUUCAUAAAUGAAGUGUUGAAAUGCUAA